CCUAACCUUCGUUACGUGGCGGGGAGCGAAAAAGAAAAAAGAAAUUAAAAAGAAAAAUGAGUGAAGAAGGAAAGGGCGAAGGUGCCACCAGCAACGCACAGAACCAAAUUCACUACGGCACCUUUCAAGGCGUCGCCAACUACUACCCUCCUUACCGGCCGCCACUGCCUCAGACGGUAAUCGGUAUUCCUCAGCCCAGUCGUCCUCCUGGAUCCGUCCUCAGUACCCCGUUAUUUGCCGCUGGAUAUCAAACCAUUUCAGGUUAUGAUAUUGCUGAGGGAACUCCUGUAAGAGAACGCUGCUUACCUUGCUGUGGUCUUGGCAUGGGCUGGUUCUUGUUUAUUGUUGGUUUUUUCCUUGGUGGCAUUCCCUGGUAUGUUGGAGCUUUUAUUGCACUAUGUGCACGAGUGGAUGUUCGAGAAAAGCCUGGAUAUGUUGCAUGUGCUGUUGCUUCAAUUCUUACUAUGAUUGCUCUAGCUCUUGGCGUAACAAAGGGAUCUUAUUCUUGGGUGGUUUGGCAAGGGUAGUGAUUGUAAAUUCGUCAAUAAUGUUCCAAAUAUAAAUGGUUGGUUAUAUUAUUUUUAGUUGGAAGAUCUCAUAUUCUAACAUGUAAAGGUAGCUGAUGAAAUUAUUCGGUGUUCAUAUUUAUGCACAUAGUUGGUUUUGUUCAGCACUGCAGACCAUCCUUGCUGGUAAACUACACCAGAAAUCCUUGAUAUUCCAAGUAAAAUUUGAUUCAUAUUUA